AUUCAAGUCAAAUAUCAUCCAAGGACCUUCCUUGCCCUUAUCAUGCCUACCCCAACGGACAACGUAGCAAUAAAUGUUCCUAAUGCAGACCACCUUCCCGAUAAAGUCGGCGGACCGAAGACGAGUGCUAUGGUCGGCCGCACAUUCGAGUAUCAAUACCCCACUGGCCCACAGUAUCGAAUCAGUUUUAGCAAAGAACUAGUGUACUUCACUGUUCCCCCUCUUCCAGAUGGAACCGACGUACUCGCACUUCCCUACCAACAGCGCGAGAUCCGUCCGGAUAUAUUCCUGGUACAUUGGAUUGGACCCGGACGGCAAGGACAUGUGGCUCUGGUAUUUGAUCUAGAGCAGAAGCGGGUCGAUUGCGCGGCCCUGAUGCCAGCAGGCCUAUACGAACUUUUUGAUCGUGCAGUACUUAGAGAGGUCUACGAGAAUGGCGAGUCCGCUUUAUACCUACCAUAUGAGUAA